AUGCGGCGAAGACCCGAAACCCCUCCCGCAACGCUGCGGCUCGACGGCGAGGGUUUAGACCUUCGAGGGGUUUGGGUAGAUGGCCAAGAAAUCCCGGGGGGCCCCCACCAGGGGGGCCCCCAGGGGGCCCCCCAGGGGGCCCCCCAGGGGGCCCCCCAGGGGGGCCCCCGGUACAGCGUGGACGAAGAGGGGGCCCUGUACCUUCCUGCUGCAGUGCUGCCAGCAGCAGCGAACGAAAGCUUCGAAGUGAAAACCAUUGUGGUUAUAAACCCUCGCAGCAACUUGAAACUCUCGGGACUUUACUUGACCAAUGGUCUACUUUGCACGCAGUGCGAAGCAGAAGGGUUUAGGAGAAUAACCUUUUUCCUGGACAGGCCCGACGUGACCUCAGUCUACAAGGUGCGACUGGAGGCGGACAAGGCCCAGUACCCUACUUUGCUCAGCAACGGGGACCGCGUGGAGGGGGGCCCCCUCGAGGGGGCCCCCCAUAAACACUUUGCUGUUUUUUUGGACCCUUUUAGGAAACCCUGUUACCUUUUUGCUGUUGUUGCGGGCCCCCUCGAGUGCAUUGAAGACACCUUCACCACCAUGGUCCCCAAACCCUAA